CCAAUCAGCGUCGCCGCGGUCCCGGUUCCAAAGUCCCCAGUCACCCACCCGGACUCAGAGUCUCCCCAGACGCCGAGGAUGGGGUCAUGGCGCCCCGAACCCUCCUCCUGCUGCUAUCGGGGGCCCUGGCCCUGGCCCUGGCCCUGACCCAGACCCGGGCGGGCUCCCACUCCCUGAGGUAUUUCAGCACCGCCGUGUCCCGGCCCGGCCGCGGGGAGCCCCGCUUCAUCGCCGUGGGCUACGUGGACGACACGCAGUUCGGGCGGUUCGAGAGCGACGCCGGGAGUCCGAGAGCUGAGCCGCAGUCGGCGUGGGCGGAGCAGAUGGGGCCGGAGUAUUGGGACUGGGAGACACGGAGAGCCAAGGCCCGCGCGCAGAAUGACCGAGUGAACCUGCGGACCCUGCGCGGCUACUACAACCAGAGCGAGGCCGAGUCUCACACCAUCCAGAUAAUGUCCGGCUGCGAGGUGGGGCCCGAGGGGCGCUUCCUCCGAGGGUAUGAACAGCGCGCCUACGACGGCAAGGAUUACAUCGCCCUGAACGAAGACCUGCGAUCCUGGACCGCCGCGGACAUGGUGGCUCAGAUCACCAAGCGCAAGUGGGAGGAGGCCAGUGUGGCCGAGCAAAGGAGAGCCUACCUGGAGGGCACGUGCGUGGAGUGGCUCCGCAGACACCUGGAGAACGGGAAGGAGACGCUGCAGCGCGCGGAUCCCCCAAAGACACAUGUGACCCACCACCCCGUCUCUGACCAUGAGGCCACCCUGAGGUGCUGGGCCCUGGGCUUCUACCCUGCGGAGAUCACACUGACCUGGCAGCGGGAUGGGGAGGACCAAACUCAGGACAUGGAGCUUGUGGAGACCAGGCCAGCAGGGGAUGGAACCUUCCAGAAGUGGGCAGCUGUGGUGGUGCCUUCUGGAGAAGAGCAGAGAUACACGUGCCAUGUGCAGCACGAGGGGCUGCUGGAGCCCCUCACCCUGACAUGGGGUAUGGAGGGGCAUGGAGCCGUCUUCCCAGCUCACCAUCCCUAUCGUGGGCAUCAUUGCUGGCCUGGCUGUCCUAGGAGCUGUGGUCAUCGGAGCUGUGGUCACUGCUGUGAUGUGGAGGAGGAAGAGCUCAGGUGGAAAAGGAGGGAGCUACUCUCAGGCUGCAUGCAGCGACAGUGCCCAGGGCUCUGAUGUGUCUCUCACGGCAUGAAAAGCCUGAGACAGCUGUUUGUGUGGGACUGAGAUGCAGGAUUUCUUCACGCCUCCCCUUUGUGACUUCAAGAGCCUCUGGGAUCUCUUUCUGCAAAGGCAUCUGAAUGUGUCUGUGUCCCUGUUAGCAUAAUGUGAGGAAGUGGAGAGACAGUCCACCCUGUGUCCACUGUGACCCCUGUCCCCAUGCUGACCUGUGUUCCUUUCCUAGUCAUCUUUCCUGUACCAGAGAGUUGUGUCUCCAUCUCUGUCUGAGCUUCAUGGUGCACUGAGCUGCAACCUCUUACUUUCUUACUGAAAAUAAGAAUCUGAAAACAAAUGUGUUUUCUCAAAUAUUUGCCAUUCAAGGUUGAUGGAUUAAUAAGUCAAUUCCUAAAAUUUGAGAGAGGAAAUAAAGACCUGAGAACCUUCCAGAA